GAGCCACAAACCCAAUCCCCUUCCGCUGGAUAGGAGGACAUGUUUCACACAUUCGUCAGAAAUGUAUUACAUUCGAAGUAAUAAUCAGACCCAAAAUUACAUUUUUGGAAUAAUACCCACUUUGUUUCUAAGUUAUACUUAUUAAUAAAUUGCUACAUAUUUUCUUUGAAGACGUGAAAGAAAAUGGACGGGCAACAAACAGCUGGUUCUGUGUUCAUGUGUCGGCUCUGCAACCAGUUCUCUCCCAAUCACUCACUGCUACUGGACCAUUGCACCCAACUGCACCCGCUUCAGGAGCCUUAUGAAGACAUCAUUGUUGCACUAAAGCCUCUUGCAGGAGUGCCCUUGGAGACCUUCGCAGAGGGUUCAGUAAAGCGAAAACGAGGACGACCGAAAGGCUCCACAAACAAAGCACUCACAGGUCGGAGGGAUGACAGCGAAGACUCCACGCAGUCUCCAGAAGUCCAAAGACAAGAAGGGCAGAAAGAGGAAGUAGACAAAAUAGGGGACGACAGCAGGGUAUCGGGGCUGAAAUGCAAGGACUGCCAUCGUUUGUUCAGCAACAGACGGCAGAUCGUCAAACAUAUCUGCCUGAAAGCACAGGAAAGCACUGAGGACGAUGACACAGACAGCAUUUGCAGAGGACCUGAGGAUUCUGAAAAUUUGGACCCUCUUGGACCAGAUAAAAAACAAAAACAACAAACCCCUAAAAGAUUAUGGAUGAAGAGAAGAAAAGGAAUGACAAAUUUUCAACGCAACACGAAAAAUCAAAUGCUUUCUGAUGGGGAAAGUCUCACCUCCAAAGAAGAUGGACUUGCAUCAGGAAGCAAAAAAAGUGUCAUCGAUGUUCUUCUCACUGAAGACAAGUCACUCCCAGGUGUUAUUAAAAUGAUUCCAGUAGAGAACGUCUUUUCAGGUUCAGAGCGUGUCAACAUUCAGGGUGAGUCUCAGGUCACAGCAGUCUCUCAGGAUGAGCCAGCAGACAUUGCAAGUCCGUCUGCAGCCAAUGUUGAAGACCCCAAAGCAGAACAGGACCCAAGUUCUGACAAUAUAGAACCGACACCUGGAAAAGGCUUCCAGGAAUAUUCCAUCAAGCAAGAUCUUCCCAAUUUACUUCCAAGCCAACUGAAGGUCUUUGGCUGCGAGAUCUGUAAUAAAAUCUUUAAGUUUCGACACUCGCUGAUGUCCCACCUCAGGACGCACACCCAAGAGAAACCGUUCAAGUGUCCACACUGUGACUAUGCAUCUGCCAUCAAGGCCAACCUGAAUGUUCACCUGAGGAAACACACAGGAGAGAAAUUCAGUUGCCAACAGUGUUCCUUCAAAUGCCUCAACCCAGGACACCUCAAGGUCCACAUUGAACGAGUUCAUUUGAAGGUGAAGCAGCAUUGCAGCUUCUGUCAAAAGAAGUACUCUGAUGUGAAGAACUUGAUCAAACAUAUAGAAAAGAGUCAUAAUCUGAGCGACCCGCUCAUCUACAAGAGUUACCAACAACUGAGGCUGAAGACUCGUCAGGGUCUCAGACAACUCCUCUACCACUGUCCCACCUGCAGCCGCUGCUUUAAGAACCAGACGGAGCGCGAGCGCCACUUACUGGUCCACGGGCCUCAGCGUCCCUUCGCCUGCUUGCUCUGUGACCAUGCCAGAACCAGCCUUGCCACCCUCGCCGCUCAUGUCAAGAAGCAUCCCUUUUUGUACGUGUGCUGUGUGUGUGAGAAGAAGUUUGUCAGCAGUCAGAGACUCAAGAAUCACCUCACAGAGGAUCACCCUGAGCUAGAGCAAGAGCAGGCAUUCGCGGAGUGUAUUAAAAACAGCUUCUGCCUGAUGAAUGCGGGGGAAGUGUUGUCGGUCAAUGAAGAAAGAGAGGGCAAAGAGGGAAAUUUUAACAUAGAGGCAAGCACAGAGGCAGGAGAUGAGCGCAUUGAAGAGGUGAUCAGAGCUGGCGAAGAUGUUGAGUGGCGGGAUGGCAAAGGUGAGUCGCAGAAAGCGGCAGCACCGGAAGAUGCAGAGCAAGAAAAGGAGGACACCAAAUCUCAGGAUGAAAAUGUGGAAGCGAGGUGGACAAGUGAAAUAUGUACUCAAAGUCUGGAAAGCAAAACCAUUCCUGAGGCACAGAAGGAUGUGUGUGUUGAGUCCUCGACAACAGGCAACUCUGUCGACACCAAUAAGCAAGGACACACGUCUUCCUCGGAAGACGCGGCCAUGAAUCCGGACGUUCAGUCGGCUGAUGACAACGAAUGCGCCAUUAACACUCAAGUGACCAAUCUCAGCCCAUACACUCAUUUGCCUUCAGCACCAUCAGAGGAAAACAUCCAAACAACACAAUCAGAGACGGACUUCCAAUUAAGUGCAUUCCAGCAGGUGUUGUCAUCACUUCCGAAGACUCUUCUUGAUAUGGAGACUUUCCAGCGGCUCAGGAAAAUGUAUGGAGACCUGGAGUGUGAAUACUGCGGAAAACUGUUCUGGUACAAAGUCCACUAUAACGCCCAUGUACGCACACACACCAAGGAGCACCUGCACUACUGCUCAAAGUGUAACUACUCAUCCAUCACCAAAAACUCUUUGAAGAGGCACCUGAUUCAGAAGCACAGCGGCUUACUGCUUUCAUGUUCGAGUCCGGGAUGCAAAUACACCACACCUGACAAAUACAAACUACAAGCCCAUCAGAGGAGUCAUCAACAAGAGAGGAAGAGUGCACCGUGUCCCAUCUGCCAUCAAAGCUUUCCAGAGCACAGAAUUCAACGACACAUCCGAAUAUCCCACCCUGAUACAUUGCCAGUUAAAGGGCAGAUGGUGAAGCGAGCAGAGAAGUGCCCAUAUUGCGACUCUUACUAUCUCAAGAACAGCAGUGAAUUUCAGCAGCACAUCUGGGCCCACCAAGGUGUGAAACCAUUUGUCUGCAAUAUUUGUGACUAUGCGAGCCGCAGCAAGAAUAACUUGAAAAAUCACAUGAACCGACAUAACAAGGAAAGAUGUCAUAUCUGUGACCUGUGCGGUAAAACAUUUAAAUCUAAAGUGUCGUUGAAGAACCACAGACUGAGCCACACUGACCAAGGAAAGCAGUUCAAGUGCUCAGAGUGCGACUUCAGUUCAGUUUUCAAGGCUCCUUUGGUCAGACACAUGGAGCAGCAUGCCAAAUUUAAGCCAUUUCAAUGUGCUCACUGCCUCUACUCCUGCAACACAACCGGUCCGCUGAAACGACACUACAAGACCAAACACCCAGACCAGGAAUAUCAAAAUGUCAGAGAAGGUCUCUCAGAGGCAGAGUAUUCUACAGAGCAAGCCCUCAAAUGCCCUGAAUGUAAUUUUGUUUAUGGCACCAAAUGGGAGCUGAAUCGACACAUGAAGAAGCACGCUUCAAAAGAGAUGGAAUGCACCUGGGAGGUGGAAGAGACUGUAGAGAGCCAAUGUGUCCCUUUGGUGCAAGAAGAAGCAUUGACAGAAGAACAUGUAGCUGCACUACAAGACAACGGGACUGAUCGUAUUCUCCAGCAAAUUGUUGAGUUAAGCUCAGAAACCCACGACGCCAUCACAUCUAUGGUCGCCAUGGCUCCCGGCACUGUUGCUGUGCUUGAACACGUAAACACCAUUCUGUGGGACUCAGGGCGUCGCAGCUUUGAAAAAUUUGAUGCUGAUUUAGAGUCAUGGUGGCAUUUGCAGGUGGCGGAUGAGGAGGAGGCCGGCAACCAUCAGCUGAUGGUUGUGAACGCAGAUGGGGAUCUUUCUGGCGAGCAGGUGAUGGUGGUGGAGGAGGGACAUGAACUGGAGGCCCUGACAGUCCUCACUCAAGAUGACAACACUCACCACUUUAUUGUCUAUGUCGAGGAACAGACUGUGGAAUUCAACUAAUAAUGGUUAUAUCUCAAAAUAAGUUGUCAAUAUCUUUGAGUUAUCCAUAGCCACACAUAUUGGGAUAUUAUACAGUACAUAUACAAAAUACCAAUAAGCAGUACAGUAUGAAUUGUUCCACAGGUUAAUAAGUUAUCAUUACAUGUGCAAAACCUUAAUACGUCAUUUUUUACUUACACAGCGCAUUAAAAAAAAACUGGUUUGUA